UGUUGGCGGGUGGAUCUUUCCGUAUGACUUCAUGACUAAGAUGCGCUGACUGUGUGUGGUUUUCUAUUUGAGGCUGAAAUGGUAGUGAGUACAGAGCUGUCUCAGUGUUUAUGAGCGUCAGGCUGCCGGUCAGUGAAAAUGGAACGAUUAGAAAUGUACCACGGCUCCAUCAGCAAGAGCAGAGCGGAGGAGCUGCUGGCCGUAGCCGGACAGGACGGCAGUUUCCUCAUCAGAGACAGCGAGAGCGUGCCGGACACUUACUGCAUCUGUGUACUGUAUGACCAGUGUGUGUUCACCUACAGGCUUUUCCAGGUAGAAGGCAACUUAUGGAAAGCAGAGACGGCGCCUGGGGUCAAGGAACGGCUCUUUCGGAAUGUCAACAACCUCAUCACAGCUUUUCAGCACCCAGACCAAGGCAUGGCCAUGCCCCUGCUGUAUCCUGUCACCGUUGACCAAUACCACAACUACCACCACCGCCACCCACAUCACCAGCAGCCUGACAGGAAACCAAAGCCCAGACCGCAGAAGCACAUAAACUGCUGAUGUUAUGACACCUUGUAGUUUUAAAUGAUUGCUCAGGUCAUCAUGGAAAGUCUGUAACACCUCAUGUGGUUUACAUGUAUAAAUAUCUCUCUUAUGCUUCUGAAUAAAUGCUACCCUUACAUAAGACACGGUACUGUUUGCGAGUGCAGCUCAGAUCGUUUUUUUGUACAGUGAUCAAAAGGUCCUGAGCAGUGCAGCUGUGGGCGUUUUUAUUCGGAACGUGUCUCAGCUCCAGCAGCGCUGCUUUAAAGGCCUAUCAGAUAAACUGAAGGCAUUUCCUUUUUCUCGAAACCGCCAGUUUCCUCUCAGCUUGGACUUCACGCAGGCGACACAGCGCAAACAGAUUCAAUUUCACUUUUACAAUCCUAAAGGUUAAAGCUGUUUAGAACCCAUCCACCAAUUUUCUGGUUCCUCCAGACUCCAGAACACGUAGAAUAGGGCUGUCCAGUCUCACCAACACCUGACCAAAUCAGGAUGUGUGUAAAAAUAAAGGGUGGCUAUACUUACGGGUGGAUACCUCACAUCGUUAGGAACCAACGGACACUUUAAUGAGUUCUAUGCUUUUUCAGAAAGGGAACAGAUAAAACAUUGGCAACAGCAGAGAAAUCAUGUUGUGUUUGAGGUUGUAAUGUCAAAUGUAUGAAGUUUGUAAUGGAUUUUACUGAU